AUGCCCGAAUACCCAUCUCCAGACUUGCCCUUCCAUGUCGAUGGCAGCACGUGGUCACUCAGCUGGAACCGAACAGACAAGAGUGAUAUCUCACUGUUGGAGGGUCUUCCUUCUUACACCGACUUUCUCUAUCUACUAAACACCAUCAAAUUCCACUCCCACCGAAUGCUUGUGCUCCUUGACGAAGACGAAUUCUUCCCGCAUCUGAAAUCUUUCUAUCAAAAUGGGAUAGAGGAGGUGAAAUCAUCGCCUCUGUGGUUCAUUCAGUACUUGCUUCUUGUGUCGUUGGCAAAAGCUUGUCUUGGAACAUCCAGUCAUUCCGGGUCACCUCCCGGAUCAGCUUUCUUCGAACGCGCCAUGUCCUUGAUGCCUGAUUUUGUUGGGUUGCAUCUACAACCAAAUCUGGCAAUGCAGAUUCUGUAUCUUACUGCGCUAUUCUUGAUGACGGUUGACAUGAAAGAUGCUGCGUACGCAUACGUGAGUACUCUCCCAUAA